AUGCCAGAAAGGCUCGAGAACGGCAAGGCAUCUGUUGAGAUGAAGGGCGAGGUGGUUCGCGCCCUGUCUAUUCAUCUCAUAGUUUGCAGAAGAGGCGGCGCGCUCGUACAGCGACACUAUCCCGUCAUCGUACGCAACACCACGGCCUUGGCAUUCAAAGAGCCGGUGAGCGUCUGCGGUAUUACCACCCCGUGCAAAUUCUCAGUCGCUUUGGUCAUGCGCAAAAUCGAGCCUGUGUUUGCAACAGGGUGCUCAGUCAUUAUCAAGGCAUCCAAACGGAACACUCCCUUCAACACCCCAGCGCUCGCCACGUUCGCUCUGGCCGCCGACGUUCCCCAGUUUCUUGUUCACGAGAAAUUCCAAUACGAGCUUAUCAAGAAGAUAGCCCAGCGCGUGGAGGGGUACAGGCUCGUCCAAGACAUCGACGAGGGCACCACACAUGGCCCUCUCGUCAACGCCGCCGCCUUCCAGAAGCUUGACGCCCACGUGAAGGGCGCGCCUGCGAAAGGCGCCGUUCUACACACAGCUGAGAAGUUCCCAGGGGUCACGAUCGAGAUGGGGGUUGCGCACGACGAGAUCUUUGGCCCGCUGGCAGCCAUUGUCCCCUUCGGGACCGAGACCAAGGCGGUCGAGCUGGUCAACGCGAUGGAGUGCGGUCUUGCCGGAAAUUGCUCCAGCUGGAACAUCUCCCGGGACGUGCGUGUGGCAUGA